AAUUUCUACUCAUUCCGUGUCUCGAUCUCAUCAGCUUAGUUGGUCGCUGCGGCACUUCUGCCUGCGUACUUUAAUCACGAUUAAGAAUUACAUUUCAAGCAGUGCCCUAGUUUAGCCCCGGUGUCUAGCAAGUGAUAAGGAGAUAGUUUUUGAACGAAUACUUGUACAGGGCAGCUUCAAAAUCAAAAGGAAGAAUUAUGGGAGUGCCUAAAGUUUACGUCGUCGGUGUCGGAAUGACUAAAUUCGAGAAACCCGGUCGCCGGGAGAACUUUGACUAUCCGCAGAUGGCCAAAGAAGCGGUGACAAAGGCGCUCAACGAUGCUCGCAUCAAGUAUGGAGAUGUUCAGCAAGCCACGGUCGGCUACGUGUACGGUGACUCAACCUGCGGUCAGCGAGCCUUGUACGAGAUAGGCUUCACCGGUAUUCCCGUCUACAAUGUGAACAACAACUGCUCGACUGGGUCCACAGCGCUUCUGCUGGCAAAGCAACUGAUCGAAACCGGAAACAAUGAUUGCAUUUUGGCUCUAGGCUUCGAAAAAAUGGAACGUGGUUCGUUAACUUCCAAAUACAUGGACCGAACCAAUCCGGUUGAGCUGCUGGUUUCCGCUAUGGCUGAAAAGUACGACAUCACCGGGGCCCCACUUUCAGCGCAGCUGUUCGGUAAUGCUGGCCUGGAGCACAUGCAAAAAUAUGGCACUAAGCCGGAACAUUUCGCCAAGAUUGCCUACAAAAACCAUAAACAUUCCACAAACAACCCCUACUCACAAUUCCAAGAUGAAUACUCUUUAGAUCAGAUUUCCAAGUCGUCUAACGUGCAUGAAUUCCUUACGAAGCUACAGUGCUGUCCGACCAGCGAUGGUGCUGCGUGUUGCAUUAUUGCAUCGGAAAGCUUUGUGAAACGACACGGACUAGAGGCACAAGCCGUCGAAAUUAUCGCAAUGGAAAUGUCUACCGAUCUGCCAUCGUCGUUUGGUGAGGGAAGUGCCAUGAAGAUUGUGGGCUACGAUAUGACCCGCAAUGCGGCAGAAAAAGUUUUCGCUAAAACCAAUUAUAAGCCACAGGAUGUGGAUGUGGUAGAAUUGCAUGAUUGUUUUUCAGCGAACGAACUGAUCACGUAUGAGGCACUGGGACUUUGCCAGCCUGGUAAAGCAGCAGAAUUCAUCGAUCGUGGCGAUAACACGUACGGAGGUCGAGUGGUCGUCAAUCCUAGCGGUGGGUUGAUCUCUAAGGGACAUCCGCUAGGAGCUACUGGGUUAGCUCAGUGUUCGGAAUUGUGUUGGCAGCUGCGAGGCGAAGCUGAUAAGCGACAAGUUAAAGGAGCUAAGCUUGCCCUACAACACAACAUUGGACUGGGUGGUGCUGCUGUUGUGGGACUGUAUCGGCUGGGUUUCCCCUAUACUAGGAAUCCUAUCAAUCCCAACUUGACUGCCGCCGGAAAGAUCAAAGACACACCUGAAGGCUUCCUUGUAGCUCCGUACAUGAAACUGCUGGAAGAGGCCAUGGGAGAUGACAGAGAUAAUCUGAUCGAAAGAGUUCGUGGAAUUUACGGUUUCAAGGUUACUAACGGACCUGACGGAGCCGAAGGCUAUUGGGUUAUCAACGCUAAGGUUGGUAAAGGAUCCGUCACUUACAAAGGAACAGAUAAACCCGACGUAACUUUCAUUAUAAAUGACAUCGAUGUUGUGGAUUUGAUAUCCGGUAAACUGAACCCACAGAAAGCCUUUUUCCAGGGUAAGGUUAAGAUUCAGGGCAAUAUGGGACUUGCAAUGAAGCUGGUGGAUCUGCAAAAGAGCGCAAACUCCGGUAUCGAAGAGUUAAGAGCCAAAUUGUAAGGUAUGUAGGGCGGUAUUUACAUAUUUGUAUUAUAUAUAUGUUAGCUAUUGGCUCCGUCGCGGCAUUUUUAAAAUGUAUCGGUUAAGAUCAAUUGUGCGAAGCAAUUUUUGGAUAUUUUUUAUAUAAAUAUAAUAACACAAAGUGGUGAU